AUGAUAUAAACAUGUUUUGAUGGGUUUUCUGUUUUUCUGAUAAAAUCUGCUCUAUCUUUGAUUCCAAUAUUUAUCAUUUAUAAGUAGUUAGUUAGCAAUAUUAACAAUAUUUUAUCAUUAUAUAUAAAUGUUUUCAUCAAAUAAUAAUAAACUAAUUUAAAUUAUUAAUACGUAUUUACAAUCUCAAUUUUUACAAUUUAAAGCAAUUAUUUUUAAAUAAAUAUACAAUAAAAAUUUUUAAAUUAUGAAUUAGAUUGGUGGAAGUGCGUUUACUAUAAUUUUAGAUUUCGAAUUAGUCUUAUUAGUGAUUUUUUACAUAAUUAUGGAUAAAGUUUUUAUUUUAUUCAUUUAGUUUUUAAUACAAGAUAGACUAGAUUUAUGAAUGCAUAUACAUCAAUAUCGUUUGAGGAAGGAGAGAGAGGAGAAGAUUCAGAUUAACUAUUUUAAAUUUCUUUGAAUAAUCAACUGUCUUAAAUUCUUGAAAACUUUGUAGAAUCAAAUUUAAAAUAGAAAAAGUCUGUAAAAAUAAAUAAAACAUCAAUCUGUAUAAAUAAUGAAUUUCUACAAAAAAACUAGAUUUAUUUAUAAAACCAUAAAAUAAACAGAGUAAUUCAAAGAGAGUACUAAAUAUUUGUCAUUGAUAGAAAAAUGUGUAUUUGA